CCUUCCUAGUUUUGGCAUGACAGAAAACUACUUUGUCUUCGUUGAGACGCCUGUUAAAAUCAACCUGCUGAAGUUCCUGAGCGCCUGGAGUAUCCGAGGAUCCAACUAUAUGGACUGCUUUGAAUCUGACGAGGAGAAAGGCACGUGGAUACACAUUGCGAGGAAGCAUCCAGGAGAGUACAUUGACUAUAAAUUCAGAACCGCUGCGAUGGGUCUUUUCCAUCACAUCAACUGCUACGAGGACUCGGGCUUCAUUGUUGUUGACCUGUGUGCCUGGAAAGGGUAAAUCAAACACAAUGGUUUA